CGCAGUCUGUCCACAGCUCCACGUAAUUCCAUACCUGGGCUGUAUCCAGUACGGUAUUUUACACUGUUACAUACCUUUCCCUCUUGGUAUUCCUUGUGGAAGAAGCAGCUGUCCAACCUCUUUUUCUGUAAUCACUCUCAUCAGCAGUCACUAAAGAGUUACAGUUUGUGUAUCCGACCAGGAAAUGUUAAAUGUUUGCAGGCAGCCAAUAAAAGCAGAGAUCAACAACCAAGCUGACUCACUGGCAAGAAAACUCGAGCUGUGCUUGAAUUCGGUUCAAAGCCAACUCACACUUGGUAUCUACAGCAGUUUCACUCCAUCAUUCCAUAGUUUUAUGUCUGUAUUUCCAGAGCCAUCAAGAAAUGGCCAAUCCAUUACCUGUGGUAGCCCAGGAAGAUUUGGAAAGCUUUACCUUGACCAGGACAGGCUCAGGCUUUGCACUCAAAGCCUUUCAUAUUUCCUGGAACACUCCCAUCUCUGUGAAGCUGCUGACCAGCCAGGACACUACGGACAGGGAGUGGAAGUUGCUACUUCAGGACAUAGCAAGUGUCAGACACUAUGAGUCUGAACAUCUCCUGCCUUUCCUUGGGGUUUACCAGUACCAUGGACUUGUGGGGAUAGUGACUGAAUGGAUGAACAAUGGAUCCCUCCAAUCCCUCAUCCAUGAGCAUCAGCUGUACCCAGAACUUCCCUUUCCCUUACUCAUAAGGAUCCUGUCCGAUGUGGCUGAAGGGCUGCAUCAUCUUCACAGCCUGGAACCUGCUCUCUGCCACUGCAGCCUGAAACCUUCCAAUGUGCUUUUGGAUGUGCAGUACAGAGCCAAGAUCUCAGACUAUGGCCUAACCAGCUGGAGGAAACAGCAGCUGAUGUCAGACCUGCAGAACUGCCAUCAGAGAAACUGCCAGGAUUUAGUGUAUCUCCCUCCUGAAACACUUGAAGGAGGCCUCCCUUCCCAGGAAGGUGAUAUUUACAGCUUUGGAAUCCUGUGUUGGGAGAGCCUAAGCAGAAGGAGACCUUUUGAAGGUCAAACAACCCUGCUUGAUGUUUUGAGAGGAAUCUGCAGCAGUUUGCGGCCAAGCCUUUCAGAAAAGUUCAUACCAAGCAAUUUGCCUGAGAGGAAUACACUGUUGAACCUCAUUGCUCUGUGCUGGCAUCAAGAGCCAGAUUAUAGACCACAUACUGCAGAAUGUGUAGACCUUCUAAAUGGAGUUCUGACUAGUAUAAAUAAGGAGGUAAUUUCUGCAGCAAUCUACAACUUGAGGGAUGCAAAGGAGAGAGCGCUUAAUGCAUGCAAAGGCUCAGAAACGUACCCAUUGCAGAGACACAAUGCAGAGAUCAUCUGUCCACAAAAAGACAACCGCUUAAUCAGCAAGAAAAUUCCUCUUGUAGUGCCAAGCUUGUCAACAGUUCUACUUGAUAGCAGUGCAAAUACUGCAGGAAGAGAUAAUAUCGAGAUGGGUGUGUCAAAUGCUACCCCACAGAAUGCAACAGCAACAAAAGAUCACCCAGGCUCUGAGAGUAGAAAAUCAAGCUCCUUUUGCACAACUCCUUUAUCUGGUUCAACUGCAGGCAAAGAGAGCAGUCAGCGUAACUCCCCAGCACUGGCUCUUAAGCACAGACCACAACCAAUGCACCUCGGACAAGCAGUGACAGGUCCUUGCUGCAAAGGAAACUGCUGUCAAAUUCUUUCCUGCCAGAGACAAACCAUACUGAAGUGCAUGACAGAAGGACGCCUCAACCAUAUCCUCGAUGUGCUUCGCUCCCAGCAAACCCUGUCCCGAAUGGAUUAUGAAACAAUUACCUCGUACCCCACAGUGACUGGGCGUGCUCGGGCACUGCUGGACACUUGCCUUUGCCUUGGCGAGAGGGCAGCACAAGCUGUAGUGACUGUACUUUCAGUGAACAAAUGUAGUCCUCUGGGACAAGUCAUUCAUUGCCCAGACUGUCCUAAGGUAAACAGGCUGAUGUUGUGACUGAUUUUUUUGCAGUCUAUUGUAUGCAUCUGAGCUCUAGUAAUUUGUGAUGGCAAAGAUUCACCUUAGUUUCUCAGAACCCAUUGACUAAAGUCAAUUCUUCCUACAGCCCAUUAGUUGAAUCCUAUAGUGGAAAAAGCUAACUGGACUAAAAGGUCAAGUGAACCACUGCCAACAGAAAUUGCCAAGACUGUUCUUUUGGGUCUCAGAGAUGGGAGAAGUGCAAUAUGUACCAGAGCAAACAGAGUUCAAGGGAGAUAACACCUUAUUUCCUUGACUUUUUUUAGAAGGGAGGAAAAUGAAUUAUGAUGUUUUGGAGGUCACACUAUGGAAGAAUGGCUGUUUGUAAAUCCUUCCAAAUAAGGAUAAUAAACAACAGAGUACUGGAUAAGGAGAAAAAAUUUACUGCCUUUCACAGAGCUCACAUCUCAGACAGCUGUUAGAGUGAAAGGUUUCAGAAAAUCAAGAACUAUCUCUUCAGUAGGGUCUUAAGGAAGACUUGAAGGUUUUAUAUUAUGCAUAUAAAUUACUUCAUUUUCCUCAGAAAUGGUUAUAUGCUCUGAAAAUGUAGCAGUACUUACAGCAGUACUUUGGAGAGGUGGGACUUCUCAUUACAUGGAAAAAUGUUAAUACCUUACAUCCAUGUUUCUCUCUAAAUAUGUUUGCAAUUCAAGUGUAAAAUUAAACCAGGCAGAAGAGGUGCCAAGCUGAUAAUUUUGAAAUGGUGGUCCUGCUGAACUGUUGUCAUGGUUGUACUCAGAUGGGAGACAGCCUGGGAAUACUGGGAGGCUUUCCUGCUCUGGCCUGGACUUACCCAUGGUCACAGAUGCUUUGCAGCAUCCUGUUGCUGCUUGAACUCAUCCUCAGGUCACGGACCUUUUGACUUGAAUUCACAUGGAGUUCCAGUCUGUUCAGUACAGCAGCACAGAAACAUUGCUGUUAUCCAAAUGUUCCCAGGCACAGUCCAGUAAGAUGAUAAGUGGUACAGCAAGCAGUGAAAGCAACAAACCAGCCACUAACAAGCACCAGACACUUGUGUACAGAAGGCAAACAAGCCCCAUGGCAAGCACAGGAGUCUGUCAACAGCUAAACAGCAAUAGCAGCUAUAAAUGUGAUCUAGCACAUUCCAGUCAAAUCUGUUGUUACCUUGAACCCUUCAAGCCUCAUGCUGGAUGCUGAAAAGAACAUUUGUCAUUUAACCCCAGCAGACAGCUAUGCUCCACAACAGUAAAGUGAGAAAACUUGUUGGUUGAGAUUCAGACAGUUUAACAGGUAAUGCAAAAGCUGCACACAAGCAAAGGAGAACAUGGAAUUCAUUCACCACUUCCCAUGGGCAGGUGGGUGUUCAGGCAUCUCCAGGAAAGCGGGGCUCCAUACCACAUAAUGGUUACUUAAGAAGAUGAAUGCCAUCACUCCAAAUGUUCCCCCCUUCCUCCUUCUUCCCUAGCUGAGCAUGAUGCCACAUGGUCUGGAGCAUCCCUUAGGCUACCUGUGGUCAGCUGUCCCAGUUUGUCCUAUCCCAACUCCCUGUGCACCCUCAGCCUCCUCCCUGGUGGGGUGAGGGGCAGAAAGGCCUUGGCUCUGUGUGAGCUCUGCCCAGCAAUAACAAAACAUCCCUGAAUUAUCAACAUGGUUUUCAGUACAAAUUCAAAAUACAGCCCCAUACUAGCUCCUAUGGAGAAAACUAACUCUACCCCAGCCAAAACCAGCAUAAUUUGAAAGAGAAAUAAUACGAUUACUUUCAUUAUAAUGAAAAUAAUGAUAUAGGGUUAUGGAUUUUUAAAGGCCCGGUGGGAUUUCUUCGAGCUUCUUGGCACAAGAUUAAGAUGAGAAUUUGUUAUACCAUCUACAGGUAUUUCAAAUGCAAAACCACGUUUUUUGUUCCUUUAUGUCACUUUUGUCCUCUCUGCAGUUUCGAAGUUCUCAUUGAAUUCAGUAGUUAGACUGAUUGCAACUUUAAAUGCAGUAAUGAUGUUUAGUUUAGGCACACUUAAGAAAUUUGUUACAUCAAAAUUUCCAGCUACGACGCUGCUAGAACAAUAAACAUAAUUUAUUUUUUUUACAUGACUUCACUGAACUUUGAGACUGCCUUGAAUUAAAAUAUUGUUACAAUUAAAAGCAAUGUCUAUCAGAAUAUGUUGACAAUAGUUUUGCUUAUUAAAGGAGCUAAACAUCUA